GAUGAGGAUCACAUUGUGAAGACAUUAGAUAAUCUUGAACCGCUAAUGGACGAAGUGGAGAAGCAACUGGCAUCGCAUACGGGAGAGCGCGCCACCUGGUGGUUGUGCAGCGAGCAUGUGACAGUGGCUGACAUCGUUCUUUGCAUUUGGCCGGAGAGACUCACCUUUGUCGGACUGAUGGAGCGGUACUGGGGUUCUGGGAAGAGACCAGCUAUCGCAGCCUACCGCGCCCGCUCUCAAGCAUACCCGGCUUUCAUGGCGGUUCCGCGACGUUAGUGCCAAUGUGCAGCACCUGUGGUGCACGAGAACUCGGAAAGUCGGAACUAUAAUUUCUACU